CCUCCGCGGUUUCACUGCACCUCCUUCUGGGGGGUUCCCGCCGGGAGUGAUGAUCGAUCCCGAGUCCCAUCACCACCAGAACCACCAGAACCAGCACCAUCACACCUCCCCGAGCGUCGGCUCCCUCCCACCUAAAGGCACCCAGGAGGCCCCGGACAUGGCGGCGGCGUACUGCGAGAGUCUGAGCGGCAUGUAUCAUCAUCACCAUCACCACCACCACCAACAGCAGCAGCAGAACCUGCAGACCCCCGCCCACCGAGCAGCGGGCUUCGGCCUCGGGGAGUACGCGUCCCCGUCUGGUCCUUACCUGUGGGGCGUCAACCCCCCCUCGUCUUACCUGCACGCCGGCAGCCCCGCCGCGCCCUUCGCCCCGCCCUCGUACGGCUCGCAGCGGCAGUUCCUCGCCGCCGGCUCGCCGGCCUUCGGCGGCCCGGAGCUGGGCUGGCUGUCGGUGGCGAGCCAGGAGGAGUUGCUCAAGCUGGUUCGGCCUCCCUACUCCUACUCGGCUCUCAUCGCCAUGGCCAUCCAGAACGCCCAGGACAAGAAGCUGACCCUGAGUCAGAUCUACCAGUACGUGGCCGACAACUUCCCCUUCUACAAGAAGAGCAAGGCCGGCUGGCAGAACUCCAUCAGGCACAACCUGUCGCUCAACGACUGCUUCAAGAAGGUGCCCAGGGACGAGGACGACCCCGGAAAAGGAAACUAUUGGACGUUGGACCCCAACUGUGAGAAAAUGUUUGACAACGGCAACUUCCGCAGGAAGAGGAAGAGAAGGUCUGAUGCCAGCGGGUCAGGAGGGGUGACAGGCGCCGGCGCCACCAAGGUGGACGAUGGCGGUGUGGCGAUGAGCUCCACGCCGAAGCCCGUCGACAGCCCCCAGCUGCUGGGGCCGCCCUCGCCGGACAUGGAGGCCCUGAGCGAGAACCUUAAGGCGGCGUCUCCGUGCUUCAACAACUUUUACGGCAGCAUGGCCUCUCUGGGCUCGGGGGGCCCGAACAGGCAGGGGCCUCUGGGACUGCUGAACGAGCUGUCCAACAGGAACAUUACAGCCCUGGGGAGCGCCUACCACGCCAACCCUGGCGGGCAAGACGCGGGGCCGCCCGAGCAUCACGGCGACGGCCUGCAUUUCAACCGCGGAGUUUACUACAACACCUUCGGAGGGGGGCAGGGCGGACAGUUCAACGGCCACUUGUACAACAGCUUCAGCGUCAACAGCCUCAUUUAUCCCCGUGACGGCUCCGAACUAUAGGGGUCGGCGAGGUCAUGGCGACUUGGUCACUGGACACUUGAUUAGGUACACCUGCACCAAUCAGAACGCACAGCUUAGGUGUUAUUUUAACAAUAUGUUGAAUAUAUGUACAUUGGUUGUAUUAUUAAGCUACAGUGUCAAAAUAUUACAAAGAAAUAUUGUUAAAUAACCAUAUCUUGAAAUGGUGCAGGUGUCCCUAAUGAAGUGACCACUCAGUGUUGUUAGCCAAUUUAUUUAGUGACGAUGCCAACCAGCACUUAUCUCCUCCCUUUGUUUAUAAUAUGAUUUUUUUUAACCUUAAACCUGCUUUUUGUGAGGUUAGAUGUGUGAUUAUCUAUGUUUAUUCUCACAUUUCUUCUGUUCCGUUCAUUAGUGCAAUCCAAUUAGUCUCAUGCAAAUCCACUUUGGUCUGGUUUACAGCAGUAAAUAUUAGGGAUGUCCGAUAAUUGUACAACACAUACUGCAUGCGUUCAUUCCACCACAAGAGAGACGUCAUGUUACACAUAGCGAUAUCGGCAUCCCUAGUAUGUAAGUAUACUUUCAGGAUGUUGCCAAAUGUUUUUAUUCAAAUUUCUGCUCUCUGGCACCCAAACCGAGGAAUGGGAAAAAAAGUGAAACAUGUUCAAACCUGCCAAAGUUGCCUUUUUUGAAGGCCAGAGGAGGGACCGCCUCACGUUACCUCACAAAGAUGUCACGUCUCAGCUUCUCAUGCAGUAAACAUGACGCUCACACCAUGUGACUGAACGGAUGGCGCUACGCCUCUUUCUAAUAUAAAUAUUAAUAAUACAAAUCCUUUGACCUUAAAUGUGUGUUUAUGUCAAAUAUAGUUUGCAAAUAUUUAUGCUAUUUAUGCUGAUAGGCAUUUUUUUCUAUUCUUAUCUGAACAUAGUUUGAUAAAUGAGACGUUCUAUACGUAUAUCAAUCACUGCUACAGUAUAUGAUGCUUUCUCAGGAUGCACUGACAGCCCUUAAACUGUUUUUAUAUCCAUUCUGUACACACGACCCGCACCU